AUUGACUAUUACCAUCAUUAUUAUUAUCAUCACGCACUGAAAUGAAUGGACAGUCGCAAGAAGGAGGUUCGGGAAUGCCUCAGCAAGGAAUUAUGGACUCCAUAACACUUGGCCAACUGAGGGCAAUGGUUGGCAGCGUACCCAAACCAAAGCAAUGGUGGUACGAUUACAACUACGACGAUGAAGACACAGUCAUGAAUGAGCUCGACGAACUUUACUCAUACGUUGAGAUGCCACAGGUCGCUGAGAACCUCAGGGCAUGGCAGGGUUCAUUUAAAGAUGAAUGGACCAAAAGCCCUCUUGAAAAGAGGAGGUCCCACGUCGAAUAUCUUUUAGAAGGUUUAGAGCACAAAGAUGCAUUGAUCAGAUUCACCAACUCCCGUCGACUCUUUUACAUUGUACAAGGUACUUUUGCCGAAACAUCAUCUCCUGAACACCAACUCCACUGGAUCGUCGAGAACUGCAAACUUGUCCGUUCUGCUAAUGGUGUUAGCACGAUCCUCGAUGCGCUCAAGAUUGCCAGCUCAAAACACGAUCUUCUGAUAAGUCUUUCGGAAGCCGAUCUCGCACAGUUGAACAUUUCUUUGAACGAUCGACAGGAUGUCGUUGAAGAGGUGCUAACUGAGAUAUCUGUGUAUUUUGGGAUGCUUUACCACCUGAUUGAGAUAUUCAAGGGACACGAAGAUUUCGCAGAUGAACUUAUGAGUUUGGAUCCGCCAUUGCCGGUGUAUUUAUUCAAUGUGGUGUCUGGACUUCGAGACAAGAGCGCGAAGGGAUAUCCUAUCAAAAAACUUCUCCUUCUUCUCUGGAAGACUCUUUUAUCCUGUUUUGGUGGUAUUAAAGAUCACGCUCGCGUCAAAACUUUGGCCAGGGAACUUGCUGGGCUGCCUACAGGGACUGAUCAAUCUACAACAACGAUUAAAUCAAGUCCUUUGGAUAUUGAAGCUUUCCGACAAGAGACAUACGUGAAAUAUCCGACCUUCGUUCCUCCUCAGCCACCACCUGCAGCUUUCGAGACACCAAUUCUCAAACAAGUACGAGGGCAAGUUGCCUCAAAGCUCGCGCAAGCCUACUCUCCUAUCCCUGUCCGCCAUCACUACCAUACAGAGGACGAUUCUUACUCUAACCUUCCUCACCAUAACCCCUCAUUUCAGAACCCAAGUGCGCCGUUCCGUCCAAAUUCGCAACCAGCAACUCCUGCUCCGUCUCCCCCUCCUGGUCCUAAACCCAAAAAGCAACAAUAUCAGACGGAUCAGACGCGUCCGUUCCUGUUUCCUUUUUCGAAAACCCAAGGGAGGGCUGCUAGGCUUGUUCCUUUCGCAAUUGACGAGGCCGACAAACUGUACAAUCGCCAUAUGUACAUCAGCCUCGAACUCAUGCAAAUGUGGCGCACUAGAGAAGACUGCAUGACUCAUGAGAGCGGGCUUGAGCAUCUACCUGGAUCGGAGGGAGAAUUUGCUUCCUCAACAUUUACAAAUCCUUCUGCCCAAUAUGAUAGUGUAAAGGAAGAUCCAGAAGCUGCAGAGUUAUUGCCUGAUCUUGCUCUGUUGGAUGUCAAGAUUGCAGAGGCUACUGCUGCGCUUGAGAACGCGGGAACAGCUAGUGAGAAGCGUAAGGCGAAGGAGAGAAGAGAAGAUUUAAUGCGACUAAAACGAGUUGAACAGAUCUAUAGUGCAGUGCUACCAGUUCUUUCCGGAUGGGUCCUUGUUCUACUUAAACUCUUGUUGGCCACUGUAUCUGCCGGUACCAAUGUAUCACAAUCUACGACUUCAGCUGUAUUCCCGCCUGGAGUAGCCUCGCCCCCACCUCAAGACCAACCCGCCCCACCGCAGACCUUGGAUGAAACAGAUGUAACACGUCAUAGAGAGAUUACCUCCAAAGCGGUAUCUGCAAUACUGCUUACAGUGCUGAAAUGGUUUAAGGUUUCGCAUGUCAUGAAGUUUCAUCAUCUGGGCCAACUUCUGCUCGAUACGAACUGUCUACUACUCCUACUCAAAAUGUUCGGUCUCCAGGAGAUUCCCACCGCUCUGGUUUCAAAGGCAGAUUCCCCGGAAAAUAAUUUCUUUCGAUACUGCUACCUGAAUUUUUCCCAAGCCUCGCAUCAAAUACGACCCGAAGAUACUAUGAACGUGAAUAAACCUCCGCGGUACGUUAUCACCAAAACCAAUACUCUUCCAAAUGGCGAGGUGCACGAAGAAGAGAUUGAAAUGUUCACCGACUUUUCAUGGCGCAACUUCUUUGCAACAAUCAAUUUCGCUAAAAUCAUGCAAAAGCUGUCAAAGCACCGUUCGCAUAGAAUCUGGAUGCUCGUGCAGUACAAAAGUUCGGCGGUGCUCAAACGAAUGCUCAGGGUUGAACAUCCAAUGCUGCGAUUACAUUUACUGAAACUCAUCAAAAGUCAAGUACCAUUUUGUGGACGAAAAUGGAGGCAAACGAACAUGAAGGUCAUUACUGCGAUAUAUCUCAACUGUCGUCCAGAUCUCCGCGACGAGUGGCUGACGGGUACAGAGGUUGAUGAUGUUUCUGACGCAUCGGCUCAAGAACAAGCUUUACGUCACCUUGUCAAGUUUUAUAACAACAGGAGAUAUGGGCCCAGUGUCGCAUUAAACCAACACAAUGCCCCUCAUCGGAGAUCAGGUAGCAUAUCAAAUCACAUCGAAGGUCUUCACCCUGGACCCGAACUGUCAGGUAUCAUUCGUCCUAUCGGCACGCCAAACAUCGUCGAAGCAGACGUGUUUCCUCCUGCCCGAUCUCAAGCUCCGGAUCCCUCGAUCUUUCUCCCCUAUAUUCCCGAAGACAUCAGCUUCGAGGAAGAGUAUGAAGAGUACAUUUCCGAUCUCGGAUGGACAGACGAGCAAACAGACGGGUCUUCAUUUGGCAGUGCCUCUGCUUGGGCACGCUUUCCGGAAGAAUUCGCAGCUGAUAUCACAGAUGGUAUCAGUGAUAGUGAGAGCAUUGUCACCAUUGGUGACUUGGGCGACGAAACUCGACUGGAUCCAAGCCGCGAUGAUCCAGACGUUGUCGAUGAAAACCUAAACAACUGGGAGCAUAUGAGCCCCAAGACGAUGGCAGCACUUCCCAAGUCUCCUGCUGGACGAUCACCUGCGAGCAGGUCACCAGCAGGCAGGUCGCCUGCAGAUAAGAGGAGAUCAAGCUCUGGAGGUGGUCUUCGUCCAGUCAAACCCUUCGGAUUGGACGACGAGGAUGGUGUUGUAUUGGAUGACGAGGAUGAAGAUGGAGAGGAAGAAGAAGUUCUUCAUGCACCUCGCGAACUGUCUGCUUUUGCGGCUGGUGAAGGUGUUGAUGAGGUCGAGUAUGCAUAUGGAGUGUGAGACAACCUUAGCACGUACAAGCACGUACGGAGCAGCAUUUACAUAUAUCAUGGUGUAUGUAUGUAUACGAGCGAAUAUGUAGUUAUACACCAGUGCUACCAACACUACAAAAAAUUAUGUGUUUGUCCCUGCUUGGUCCAAUCAUUCCGAUUGGCUAGACAAAUUCUGUCUUAACAUAAAUGCACGCGCGU